AUGGCUACAGCAGCGAGUGCGACUAGGAGGCUUUCUCGGAACGCAGCUAGUCUGUUCCGGCAGUCUUCGGAAAGCCAGCCAAAUCAUACCAACGAUAUAAUGGCUGCCCUGGGUAAUUCAGAAGAGCAUAAAUAUCAGGUUCAAGACGACGAGGAUAAUGACAACGACCGAUUGCCUAAAGACAAAGAAGGAACAUACCCCAAGGAUCUGGUCCUUGUUCUCUCUAAAGUGCUGUUCAAAAUAUGGCUUAUCGUUGACUCGAGAGAAUCACCGCUGACGAUCGAGCAUGUCGUGGAAUGGGAAGUGCCUAAGUUCCUCGCAACCUAUUUUGCGGAGAGGCAGCAGCUAAGCAAAGUUCUUACCGUCACUGGAGAGUUAACCAACGCCGAAGCACAGAAUUUCCGUGAUUAUCUGGUGCAGACCUUCCCUGAGAUCAGUCCUAUUUAUUAG